GCGUGGGCUACCCGGGAGCCGCCCCCCCAGCCCACGCCCCAGCAGCCUCAUCCAGCAGAGGGAGCGGCCAGGACGCCUGGAGAUCCAUUCCUCAGAGCUUUGGGGGGUGGGCUCCAGAAGAUGAUGUCUUGGAGCUGCCUGGAGCUGAUGGCUGCAUCAGGGGACGGGAGAAAAAGGGUCCCUGAGAGCGCGAUCCAGGAGAUGUCCUCAGCCUGAAGAGCCACCAUCCAUCUCCCACUGGGCUCCAGGCUGGGGUGCUGGAAGAACCCAAUGUUGCUCUCUUCCCAGUACACCCUUCCAGGAGCCCCCAGAGCCAGCCCCAGCACCAUGAAUCUCUCUGACUUCCAUCAAGCCCUCAACAGCACCUCAGGGCCUGCCCCGGAGGGAAGAUAUUCAUUAUGGGAGGUGGUCUUGAUUGUCCUGAUGACCGGUGUGCUCUCUCUGGUCACCGUGGUGGGCAACCUGCUGGUGUUGGUGUCCUUCAAAGUCAACAGCGAGCUGAAGACGGUCAACAACUACUUCCUGCUGAGUUUGGCCUGUGCAGACCUCAUCAUCGGAGCCAUCUCUAUGAACCUCUACACAACCUACAUCAUCAUGGGGCGUUGGGCCCUUGGGAACGUGGCCUGCGACCUCUGGCUGGCCUUGGAUUAUGUGGCCAGCAAUGCCUCCGUCAUGAACCUGCUCCUGAUCAGCUUCGAUCGCUAUUUCUCCGUCACACGGCCCCUGACUUACCGAGCCAAGAGGACGCCCAAGAGGGCAGCCAUUAUGAUUGGCUUGGCUUGGGCCAUCUCCUUCAUCCUCUGGGCGCCUGCCAUCUUGUUCUGGCAGUACUUUGUGGGGGCGAGGACUGUCCCCCCAGGCAACUGCUCCAUCCAGUUCUUUUCCGAGCCCAUCAUUACCUUUGGCACGGCCAUCGCGGCCUUCUACUUGCCAGUCACCAUUAUGAUCACUCUCUACUGGAGGAUUUACCGCGAGACGGAGAAUCGGACCAAGGAACUGGCUGGGCUUCAGGGCUCAGAGACCAAGAGCUCAGCCACCAAAGCCAGGCCGAAGGGCAUUGGGGAUGGGAGUACCAGCAGCUCAGAGCGGUCCCAGGCACUGCCACCUCUGUCUGGUGAGACCAAAGCCCCCAAGAAGACCUGUUGUUUCUCUGGUUGGUGGGCAGAGCCGGCGUUGGCAAAGCAAGGCAGCAAUGGGAGCUGGAACAUCACAGAGGAGGAGGACGAGGACGAAGAGGAAGGAUCACCUGACUCCCUGACCUCCUCCGAGGGUGAGGAGCAGCGUUUUGAGGUCCAGAGCCUCUGUUCAAUGGUCCUCCGGCUGCCCAUGGUCGGCACUGUGGUCCACCCACCACCGAUGGCAGAGAAGGCAAGCCGGGAGCGGGCCAAGCCAGCCAGCAAGGCAUGGGCAGGAGGGGGUUUUCUCUGCCGGAUCCUAUCCCAGGCUUCCUCUGGCUCCAAGACCUCAGCGAGGCGGCCAAAGACACCGGCGCUGUCGGGGAGGACGACCAUGGCCGAGAGCCACCUCCUAAAGAAGAGCAAGGAGCUGUCCAAGCGCAAGACGCUCUCGUUGGUCAAAGAGAAGAAAGCUGCCCGGACCUUGAGCGCCAUCUUGUUGGCUUUCCUCCUCACCUGGAUGCCCUACAACAUCAUAGUGCUGGUGUCCACCUUCUGCAGGGACUGCGUUCCCAAGAGCCUCUGGGAGCUGGGCUACUGGCUAUGCUACGUCAACAGCACCGUCAACCCCAUGUGUUAUGCCCUCUGCAACCGGUCUUUCCGCAACACCUUCCGCAUGCUGCUCGCAUGCCACUGGGACAAGCGGAGGUGGAAGAAGAUAUCCAAGCACGUCGCCGCCUUUCACCGGGCCCCGGCGCAGUGAACAGAUUCAGCCCCUGGCUUGAAUGUCGCAUCUCAGGGACCUCAUGCUGCAGCAGCAGAAGGUGGAAGGCGUCUCCAUCUGUCACCGCCAGGACCCCAGACCCGAGGGCUGGGAGAGGAGGAAUUUUACCUGUCCCCGACCCCUGUUAUCCUGAGGCUGAAUUCAGUGCCCAUGUGAGACCCUGACUGGACGUGGCCAAAGCAGGAGAGGAGCGGACUCAACUCCACCGUGGACCCUGGACCCCAUGGAGGAGACGUCCCCCCACCCCACCGCGCCCCCAGGAACCUUGCAUCUCGCGGCGUCCAGCCUGGAGGCCACACGGGGCUUGUACCCGCAUCGUCACGGGCAGGAGCAGCCCUGGACACUGGGAGCCCAGACAUCAGCUCCUGCCUCUGCUUAUUCAUGCUUGGACUGGGCACCAGAGUAGGGGCCAGGGGGUGAGAGCAGGGGCUCUGGGAGCCCGGGCGCCUGGCUUCAUUCCCACUCACCUGGAGGGCUCCCGCCUUCCCCCCCGGGGGAUGUCAGACCUCAGGGGCUGCCCGGACUCUCCCAAAGGACAGAGCUCGACCUGUUACUCCAGAGAACAUGGUGGGAGCAGGAAGCGGUGUCCCCAUCGCCCCCCCAGAAGACCAUCUCCACACCAGUCCAUCUCAGCUGGGGCAGGUGACUGUUGGGGGCUGUGUCUAUAGUCCCCAGGCAUCUCUCUCCUGGGGAAACUGAGGCACAGAGCAAGGCAGGACUUUAUGGCCAGAUCCCCCCGACCCCCAUGCUAAUGGCAGGCAGCACCCAGGCUUGCAAACCUCCGCCGUUUCAUGCCUUGCAAGGAUUCAUUCAAGUUGAGCCGCCCGGCCGCUUCCAUGCCAGCACCAAGGGCCCUGCGGGAACAUCCUCCCAUCGAUGCCCUUGAGACAAGACUGGCACAAGGCCUAGCCCCAGAAGCAGAGGCAAACGCUUGAUGCACCCCCAUUUUGGGCGCUGGUGCCCACUUUGCUGGGGACAGACUUGAACGGCCUCCAACCAACCAGGUACCAUAUUUCCUCACCUACAACACGCCCACCGCGUAAGCCCUGCAUGUUGUUUUGGAAAGGCAGAAGGAAGGGGAGAAAGAAAAGCUGUUUCCUUUGAAUUGAACCAUCAGAACAUUGUAUUCCCAUGUCAAUUUAUCUCUCGCUGGUAUUUAUGUCGCCCAUUCUACGUAUUUAUUUGAGUUUAAGACCAUAAUAAUAAUAAAAGAAACCACUGCGGGAAA